UCUGCAGUUAAGCUUUUUAGCGUCUUCCUAAAAUGCAGCCGCUAUCUAGACAUUGUUAGCUUGUUGGAUACGACGGUCAAGUGUAAUUGAAUUAGUCAUUUCAGCCAUAUAAAUGUAAGGAUUCUGCGCCGUAAAAACACUGUUUGAAGUACUGAUGGUCCGCUCCUACACAAGGCGUAGCCUCCCGUUGCAGGAUUUGGAAGUUGUAAUUAACUUAGGAGCCGUAGCUGCAUAUAAAAACAUGCAGUUGCCGUUCUGCUGUCUCACACUCUGGUCUCAGAGUAUUUGUCGGUAAGCAGAACAAGACAGUUUUUUAUGCAUGGCAGAAAAAAGGGUUAGGAUCGUGUGCAUAACACAUUCCUGUAAAGUUUUCUGUAAACCAGAAUAGCCAUGAUCAUGUACAGACAAGUCUGUUGAGUAUAAGAAUAUAUGCAUUACUAGGUUAACGUUACUUGUGGUGGGCUUUUUGUGGCGCUCUGUAAUUUGCUGGGAUGGUUAGACAGGAGGUUGAUGCUUAUGAAUAGGGAAACUGGGUGUGGAGCUAGGACUCCAUACAACUGCUAGGAAAUGUAGGGGCUGGGCGCUAAGCUGUUCCUGCAGCAGGGAAAGGGGAAAAAGGCUGGGGCUGGGCCAGAGGAGCUGCAGAAUGACAACUGCGGUGUUCAUCGCGGUGGGGGCUGUCCUGGUCUCCACUGUGGGCCUUGUCCUGGGUGCUUAUUUUAUGAAAAGGAAGAAAACCAAGCUGAUCACACUGCUUGAUCCCGCUGUUAAAUAUGCCUUGAAGCUCAUCGACAAAGAGACGAUCAGUCAUGACACCCGAAGGUUCCGUUUUGCCCUGCCCUCCAUGGAGCACGUUCUGGGCCUUCCUGUUGGGAAGCACGUGUACCUUUCAGCCCGCAUAGAUGGGAAUCUUGUGGUGCGUCCAUACACACCAGUAUCCAGCGAUGACGACAAGGGAUUUGUGGACCUUGUAGUGAAGAUAUAUUUUAAGAACAUCAACCCUAAGUUCCCAGAGGGUGGCAAGAUGUCCCAGUACUUGGAAAGUCUGCAGCUGGGGGAGAUGGUGGACUUCCGGGGUCCUGGUGGACUGCUGGAGUACAAGGGCCAAGGGGAGUUUGCAAUCCAGCCAGACAAGAAGUCUCCUGCAGAGACGAAGGUUGUCAGAUCUUUGGGUCUGAUUGCAGGGGGAACAGGUAUCACCCCCAUUCUGCAGCUGGUCCGGGCGAUUAUGAAGGACCCCACUGACAAGACUACCUGCAGCCUGCUGUUUGCCAACCAGACGGAGAGAGACAUCCUCCUCAAAGAUGAGCUGGAGGAAAUCCAGGCCAGGUACCCUGACCGCUUCAAGCUAUGGUUCACCGUGGAUAAAGCCCGUGAUGACUGGGAGUACAGCCAGGGUUUCAUCAGCGCCGACAUGAUCCGGGAGCACCUGCCUGAAGCUGACGAUGACAACAUGGUUCUGAUCUGCGGCCCACCACCCAUGAUCCAGUUUGCCUGCAACCCCAACUUGGACAAGCUGGGCUUCCGGCAGAGUCAGCGCUUCAUCUACUAGCCGGCAGUCCUGAGCUGCGUCUAGAUUCGAACCCAAAGACGUGGGCGUCGCCCGCAUGCACUUCACUGCUCAGAAUAGGCCUUGUAUCUAAUUGCACAAUGAAUUAAAAAUAUUAGUAAAAAGAAUCCUGAAAUAUGGUAUUUUGUUUUAAAAUGCUUUAUUGGCAGUCUCUCUCGCAGAUGUAAUCAAAGCUGUAUUGUUUGGUAGGCGUAAGCUUUGUUUUUGUAUCCUCAACCUGGGGCAUCUGUCUAAAUUACAGAGACUUGAAAUGCCAAGGUUAUAUUCAAAGAAGUGAUAUAGAAAUAAUGAUGGUGGGUUUAUGCUAACAAUACAGGGAAACCUGAUGCUUUCAUCACACACCUUGUGGCAUUUACACAAUUCAAGGCCUCAUUGAGAUAGAGCAAGACUGUCCCCAGUGGCUAGUGCUUUAAACUGUGUAAUGUGCCUUGAUGCAUGUGUUUCUGUGGUAAAUAUACCAGUGUGUGAUGUGGAAUAGCAUCCCUCUUUUCACUUUGAGGGGAAAUAAGCAGGGAUGCACUAGUACGCAUUCACCUUUAAAAACAAUACAUGCGAUAAUCGAUUGUAAAAGCUCAGUUGCGCGCUUGUGUGCAUUUGCACUGCUAUGACAAGAAAAUACUUUGCAUAUUAACCUUUAUACCGCAAAUGAAGUAGUUAGCUUAUAAAGAUGAAAAAUGCUUUAUCUUUUGUUUUCAUAUCAGCGCAAAUACACAUAAAAUCAGUGGCUUUUUAUACAGUUACCUCAAUCGAUUUUUGGAAGUUUUUAAAGGUGAAGGCGUACUAGCGUAUCAGUUGUAUGCUUCCCUGAAAAUAACAUGUUAAAAUAGCUUUUACAAACAUCUUGGAGGUUGCCAUGCAUUAGUGUCAAUGUUCUGUUUUGGCUUCUUAGAUAUGCUGGCAAUAUGCGUUUAUCCUGUAGGAGGGUGGCAGACUUUUUUUGGUUUUCCCCACUUUCAAUUGAAAGUUUGCUUUUGUUGAUGUGAGAAAAUUGGCCCCGCCUCUGAAUUGUCUGUACCGGAAAGUGCCCAGUGAUUUUUUUCCGUAUGACCAUAUGCUGACAUCCAAUCAGAUGACAACUGUGACUCUGUGGGACUUCUGGGGUUUGAUUGGGACUACACGAAUACAUAUGUAUGUCUUGGUUUUUCAAACCUUCAGGUUUCAAAAUGUAUUGCAGAAUAUUCAUCAUUAAACUUGCUACUUUUAAA